UUUUGGCACAUUUUCCACAAAGGCCUCCUGGGCUGUAAUGUCAUCAACCGGCUCCAUCCAGCUCAGCAAACAGCAAAAGUCAGUGACAGGAAGAGAAACGCCCAGUUGCUGCUGUAGGCGGGGUGAGUCUCUGAGCUCAGGAAAAUGAAACUUACCCAGUUACACUGUCCAGAGGGAGCCAUGGCGGCAGAGAAACCCAUGGAAAGUCUCCAGGAAGAAGUGACUUGUCCCAUCUGUCUGGAGUAUUUCACAGAACCUGUCACUCUGGAGUGUGGGGACAAUUUCUGCCGAGCCUGUGUCACCCAGUGCUGGCAGGGAUCUGACACAGACUUCUCCUGCCCUCAGUGCAGAGAAACUGUGCAACAGAGAAACCUUAAGCUGAACAGGCAGCUGGCAAAUGUCCUAGAAAUAGUCAAACAGCUGAAUUUACACAAAGCAAAAGGAGCAGGAAGGGAUGGUGUGUGUGAGGAACACAAGGAGCCUCUCAAACUGUUCUGUGAAGAGGAUCAAACCCUCAUCUGUGUGGUGUGUGACAGAUCCCAGGCUCACAGAGCUCACACUGUGGUUCUCAUAGAGGAGGCUGCCCAGGAGUACAAGAAGAAAUUUCAGACCCAUUUGAAGACUCUGAGGAAAGAGAGAGGAAAGCUCCUGAAACUGAAUGUGAUUGGAAAGAAGAGAAUCCAGGAAUAUCUGAAACAAACACAAACCAAGAGGCAGAAGAUUGUGUCUGAAUUUCAGCAACUGUGGCAGUUCCUGGAGGAACAAGAGCGACUCCUACUGGCCCAGCUAGAAAAGCUGGACAAGGAGGUUGUAAAGAUACAGAAUGAAAGUAUCACCAAAUGCUCUGAGGAGAUUUCCCGUCUCAGUGAGUUGAUCAUUGAGGUGGAGGGGAAGUGUCAGAAGCAAGGGAGUGAAUUCCUGCAGGAUGUCAGAAGCACCUUGAGCAGGUGUGAGAAGGGGAAGUUCCAGCAGCCAGUGGAGAUUUCUCCUGAAUUGGAAAAGAACCUGAGUGAUUUCUCCCAGAAAACUAUUGCUCUAAUGGAGACGCUGAGGAAGGUCAAAGACACUCUGCCAGUUGAACUGGAGGAAAAAAAAGAGAAUACUCUAGGAUCACACAGACAGGUGAAUGUGACUCUGGAUCCAGACACGGCUCAUCCCCAACUCCUCCUCUCUGAGGGUCAGAAAAGUGUCAGACGGGGAGACAAAUGGCACAGACUGCCCAACAAUCCCAAGAGAUUUGAUACCCUGGAGUGCGUGCUGGGCUGUGAGGGAUUCACAUCUGGGAGAUACUACUGGGAGGUGGAGGUGGGAGGUGAAAUAAUCUGGGCUGUGGGGGUUGCCAGAGAGUCUGUGAGGAGGAAGGGAUUGUUCUGCUUUAACCCUGAGUGGGGGAUCUGGGCUAUGGAGCAGUGGUGGGGUGAGUUCCAGGCUCUCACCUCCCCUAAAACUCCUCUGCCCCUGAGCUGGGUCCCCAGGAGGAUCCGGGUUUGUCUGGACUAUGAACAGGGGCUGGUGACAUUUCUGGAUGCUGAUAAUGAUGCCCCAAUCUUCACUUUCCCACCGGCUUCCUUCAGUGGGGAGAGAAUCCACCCCUGGCUUUGGGUUCAGAGUGAACAAUCACAGCUCAGACUGUGUCCCUGACACUUGGGGAAAACAUCCCUUCUAAAGACCCUGAAAUCAACUUCUCUAGCCUCAGACACCCUAAUUUCUAUGACCCUGGAGAACGCUUAUCUUCCUGAAAGCCUUCUACCAUACAAUCAGUUUGUAUGACCAUAAGGCUUGAUGGGGCCUCUGAAUUGUUAAAGUAUAAAGACCAAGAUGCUACUGAAAUGGAGAAACCAACCGCAUUGAUCCAAGAAUUGUGCAACCUGUUUGUCACUGGCCUGUGUGAUCCUUGAGGAGUGUAGCUGACUGUAGGGGUCAGAGACUGUCAGAUAGGAGCUCAGAGAGUGGGAGAAUGAAAGUGAAAGAAAGUGACAAGGAGAGACAUGAGCCAGGGUGACAGAGGGACUGGGAGAUGCUACUGAACGUGAUGGUGUCAUUCAUUACGUAAUCCAUCUAUUUAAUUCACUGGUUCAUGAAAAGUGGAGCCAUUUUAAUGCCUUGGAAAAGUGAUUUCUGCAAAUGUUGCACUUUUUCUCUGUUCUGACCUUACAUAAUCACUCCCUAAGUGAUUGAAGCCCUCAUUUUUUUGUUAACUGAACCUUUUUAAUAAAUAUAAAGCUUUUUUCUGC